AUGAAUCCUCCAAACAUUUUCAACUGGGACCGAAUCGGGCGGGCCCUCAAAAAAGGUCGUGGGCCAGAGAAGAUGCCGCUGCAGUCCACCUUUGACGAGAUUGCCACCGCCUAUUUCAAGGAGGUAAUCUGGAAGGACAAGAAGGUCUCCCUUCACGAUCAGCUCCGUGACUGCCGCGAGAUGUUGGAGCACAGUGAGUAUGCCUGGGCCGAUAUCCCCACUGAGGAUGACCAUACCUCCGAGACUGCUAAGACUGAGAACAUCAUGCUGGUUGAGGUGGCUGUCCGCCGCACAUUCUUCAGACUUUGCCAGAGCUGA